AACUUCUCCAUUGAUUCGGGAUUGCACUCUGUUUGACAAAUGUGAGAAGGUUCACCAGAUACAUAAAUCCACGCUUACUAGUCGUGCUGCCCGACUGAAAAUGACUCGCGAGAAUAUUCACACACACGGCAAACGACCUCACUAUCAGGCGGAGAGCGCCCGAUGAAAUGUCCGCUCAAGACGGCAGCCCGCUCAGAGACAUUCUCACUCUUGUCAUCACGACGUCGCCAACGCCAUCUGCGCCCUCCACAGACUUGAUUUCAAGCAUACUCGACUCCUUCAAGCUCCAUUGUUCGGGUCUCUUAUCAUGUCGAGUCACCGUUGUCUUCGACACUUACGACCGCAUUAGCGAGUCCAUGCGUCUAAAAAAGGGCCAGGUCACGCAUGCACUCGCUCAAGCGCACGAGCUGUACAAGGCCAACGUGAAGGGCCUCAUCCUGAAGGAAUGGUGUGCGCGAGUAAACCAGGACUCCUCCCUCGUUUUCCGUCGUGAAAAUGCACUGGCUGAGUACGGAUCCCCUCAUCUUGCCGAGAAUCAUGUCGUGCUGUCGAUUUCGCAAACACACGACAAGCGCAUCACCUUCAUUGAGCCCGUCGCUCGCCUUGGGUUUGGACUAGCGGUGCGCUCUGCGCUCCGAAUUACUGAGACGCCGUAUGUCUGGGUCCAGCAGCACGAUUGGCCGCUCGUACGCGAUAUUCCCUUGGAUUCCCUACUGGAAGUGAUGCAGGCUUCAGAGGCAGAGGGCAGUAGCGCUCCGCCGGUGAAAUAUGUCUGUCUCCCCGCGAUCCGCAUGGUAUCAUACGCGACAUCGCCUCAUGUCCAACCUUUCCCCGCUCUCCGGACCCUGACAGCGCAGCUUAAACGUGAUUUCGUCCCCGCAUCGCGACCGGACGUCGCGGUCCCGUUGACGCCUCUGUUCUUCUGGCACGACAAGCCACAUAUCGCUUUUACGGCGCAUUACCUCGCACGCAUAUUUCCGAGUCGCUUAGCCAUUGCGCGGGGCGAUUUUAUCGAGGAUCACGUUGGACAACGCGCCCGAGCGCAGAUGAAAGAGGGAAAUUGGGUAAAGUGGGCUUGCUGGCUUUACUAUCCUGAGGAUGGUAGAGAGAUAUGCUUGAAGCAUCGUAAUGGGCGGAAGUGGAAGGGCGUGGAGGCUGAGCAACAGGUUAAAGAGAUGUUUUUGGGAAGAGAGAUGAGAAAGCAUGAUUCCUUGUCGCCCGUAUCAUGACGUGUUAAUAUCAAAAGCCUCCAAAAUCAUGUCUAUUAUUAGCAACUAGCCCUGCGAUAUCGUUUUAUAAACAACAGAUUCACAACUACGAUUGUAUUCAAGACCGGUACCACUUAUGUAGGUCCUAGGUAUCAGCGCAUCUACUAUAAUCACAUCGUUC